AUGGCAACCCCAACAAACAAGUCGGACGUUCCUCUGCAGCGAUUUCCAAAUUUGUACAUCAAAGUUGAUACGCCAAAAGGCCGAGGUGUUUUCUCUACAGAAGUCAUUCCUGCAAAGACUGUGAUCGAAGUCUGUCCGGUCUUGGUUCUGGGCCUGGAAGAGAAUGAGACGCACAUUGAACACACAUCCUUAUAUCAUUACACAUAUAAUUGGCCAAUUGUAGAUCGACAUGGCAACAAGCACAAAGCGCAAGCCGUAAUCCUGGGCUUGGGUUCCAUGUUCAAUCACUCGACUCAGCAUCAGAACGUUGUGUGGGAGCGAGACACAGAACGCCUCAUCAUCACAUACAAAGCACUGCGCGAUAUUCCAGUUGGCGAAGAACUCUGCAUCUCGUACGGGAGUCAUCUCACUUUCAAGGACGCCGAUGCACCAGUCGCACCAUCACCUGAAGAGGAACUCAAACUGUUCAACUCGAUUCAUAUCGAUUGA